CAAGUCGUCGAUCAUACCAUUGAUAUGGCCAUCGCAUGGAACUUCAAAGAGAUUGUUCUCAAGGCUUACGAAUGGCUGGCAGAAAACUAUCAGAAAGACGAUCGGAUAUUCCUGCUCGGGUUCUCUCGCGGCGCUUAUCAAGUUCGUGUUAUCGCAGGGAUGUUAGAAAAGGUUGGCCUCCUCAGGAAAGGAAACAAUAGGCAGAUACGUUUGUGCGAGGAGCGCAGUGCAAGUGCAGGCCGCGCCAUACGGGACGAAUCCCCGAAAGAACGGGAACCAGAGGCUCCUUCGCCCGAAGACCUGUGCAAACACUUCAAGUCGACCUUGUCGCGCGAAAACGUGAAGGUUCACUUUGUCGGUGCAUGGGAUACUGUAUCAUCCGUCGGCGUUGCUAGAGGUCCUACGCUACCCGAAACCACCACCGGGAUGUCGCACGUCUGUGUAUUCAGACAUGCGCUGGCACUCGACGAACUGCGGGUCAAGUUUCUGCCCGAGUACGCUAACGGAGGAGCUGGACCGAAGGAAAGCAAGGGCAACGUCAAAGAGGUAUGGUUCGCAGGCUCUCACUCAGAUAUCGGGGGAGGGAACUUACCGAAUCUUGAGAGCGACCGUUUCGGACCAGCGCUUCGCUGGAUGACGUCCGAAGCCACGCUAUGGGGGCUUCGGAUGAAAGCCGAUAGGGGCAAGUGGUACCCGUCACAACUGACCAAGUCUAUGAACUGGUUCUGGUGGUUCCUGGCUUCCCUGCCGAUCAAGCGACUAUCGUACGAAGACGCGGAGAGCACAAAGAGAUGGCAAGUUCGCCCUUUGGCUUCCGAUAUCCUCAUACACGAGUCUGUCUCCGACGUCGGGGAGACCUACACACCUCGGGCUCGGCUCCCACCUACCUACCCGGUAGGCUGGAAUUUUGACGAGCUGAAGUUCAAAGGGAGGAUAGAAGAAGACACCUACGUCUCCGCCCGUGCAAUCAUCGGCGCUCUUAAAGAAAGUGGCACUCUUACCGAGAGGCAAAUACAGCGGCUGGCGGAUCUGCCUUCGUCAGGUAAGAAUCGGUCAGAUCAUGGACGACAGCUCAUUAUCGACUACCCAAACUCCUGUACAGUAUUGCUCGCCGCGCUUGAACGAGAAUACGGACGCGAAGAUAGAGAAAUGCAAACAAACCUGCUCACAAGCGUUGCGAUGGCAAUGACAGCGUUUCACUUGGUGCCUCAUGCACAGACGCGCGCAGUAUCCAAGCUACGGCGUAUAGUAGACAUGAUUGAACGAAAUACCCCCGAGAAAAUGUCCGCUGCAAAUCAUCUCCUGAAGGUGUUCCGUGACAGUAAGAGAGAAAUCCGCGAGCCUUUACGGGGGCACACUAAUGGGGUCAACUCCGUGUCAUUUUCCCCCGAUGGAAAGCGCCUUGCCUCGGCCUCAUGGGACAAAACCGUGCGACUGUGGGACGUGCAGACAGGGCAGCCGAUCGGGCAGCCGCUCGAAGGGCAUACGUGGCUGGUUACGUGUGUCGCAUUCUCACCCGAUGGCGACCGCAUCGUCUCGGGCGCAUGGGACAAGACACUCCGACUCUGGGACGCGCAGACGGGACAGGCCAUCGGCAAGCCUUUACGGGGUCACUCUGACUGGGUUUGGAGUGUCGCAUUUUCACCGGAUGGGAGGCACGUCGCCUCUGGAUCCGAAGACAGCACGAUUCGACUCUGGGACGCCGAGACAGGCCAGCCAGUCGGGGACCCGCUGCGAGGCCACGAUAGCUACGUUUUCUCGGUCGCAUAUUCCCCCGAUGGCGCGCGCAUCGUCUCGGGGUCCAGUGACAACACGAUCCGGAUCUGGGACGCUCAGACGAGACGGACUGUGCUGGGGCCAUUGCAUGGGCACGGAAAAGGCGUCCCAUCCGUGGCAUUCUCGCCGGAUGGCAAGCACAUCAUCUCGGGCUCCGCCGACGGCACGAUACGGAUAUGGGACGCGCAGACGGGACACACCGCGGCGGGGCCUUGGGAAGCUCACGGUGGGGUCAUCUCCGUUGCGUUCUCGCCCGACGGAAAGCGCGUCGUCUCGGGCGGCGUCGACAACAGGGUGAAAAUAUGGGACACGGAGAUCGGUUGGGCUGGUUUGGGAUGUCAGAAUGGGAUUGUUUGCUAG